AUGGCACGCCCCAACUUCCUCAUUAUCGUGGCCGACGACCUCGGCUUCAGCGACACAAGCUGCUUCGGCUCCGAGAUCCAAACACCCAACAUCGACUCACUCGCAAAUGCCUCUGGUGGAAUGCGAUUUACAUCUUUUCACGUCGCAGCUGCGUGCUCGCCAACUCGCGCGAUGCUCAUGACGGGAACUGACCACCAUUUGACGGGCCUUGGGCAGUUAUCGGAGAUGGUCCGUAAUUCACCCGCCCAUCAGGGCGCGCCAGGCCAUGAGGGUUAUUUGACUGAUAAAGUGGUCGCUGUACCUGAGCUACUCGGUGAGGGUGGGUAUCAUACUGUCAUGUCAGGGAAGUGGCAUCUGGGUCUCAAGAAGGAGUAUGGGCCUCACAUGAGGGGAUUUGAGAGAUCUUUUGCUUUGUUGCCUGGAUGUGCUAAUCAUUAUGGUUAUGAGCCACAAUAUGAAAACGUCCUCGAAGAACCACCUCGCUUCUUCGAAACCGCCGUCACGGCCCUUCACUUGCAAGAUUCGGAAUAUAUCAGCAAACUGCCCGAUAAUUUCUACUCCUCCGAUCACUACGCCACAAAAUUGAUCGACUUCCUGUCUGAAAGGGACGAGACUGACAAAUCGAAGCCGUUCUUCGCGUAUCUUCCCUUCUCUGCGCCUCACUGGCCUUUGCAAGCACCCAAGGAGUCCAUGGAUAAAUACCGCGGCCAAUACGACGAGGGCCCGGAAGCAUUGCGACAGCGCCGACUAAAUAGGUUGAAAGACCUAGGUAUGGUUGCGCAAAACGUCGUGCCGCAUGAAGUCGUCACGGUCGAGAAGGAGCCUAUGGAGUGGGAUAAAAUGUCCCCUGGCGAGCGGGCUAAGUCAGCCCGUUCAAUGGAGGCUUUUGCCGGAAUGGUAGAUCGAAUGGAUGAGAACAUUGGCCGCGUUUUGCAGUACUUGAAAGAUACUGGCGACUAUGAUAACACGUUUAUUUGCUUUAUGUCGGAUAAUGGGGCGGAGGGUGCGAGUUAUGAGGCCACACCCCUUGUUGGCGACAGCGUUGUUGAGCAUAUACAGAAGUAUUAUGACAACUCGCUUGAGAAUAUCGGGCGUGCUGAUUCGUUCGUCUGGUAUGGGAGUCGGUGGGCGCAGGCUGCGACAGCUCCAUCAAGGCUAUACAAGAUGUUCUCCACCGAAGGUGGCUGCCGAGUGCCAUUGGUGGUGAAGCCUGUUGCGAAUCAAUCUCCUGGUGGCCGGAUUGUUGAUUCUUUCUGUACUGUGAUGGACUUUGUUCCUACUAUUCUUGAUUAUGCUGGACUGCAGCACCCUGGGAGCACAUACAAGGGAAGAGAAAUUGCUCGGGUCCGCGGUGUCAGCUGGAAGCCAUUCCUGGAUGCUAUGGCAGCUCAGGGAUCGUCGGAAAACCCCGGGGUCCAGGCAAUUCAUGCAGAAGACAAGGUCUUUGGUUGGGAGAUUGCCGGUAGCGGUGCAUUGCGCAAGGGCCGCUACAAGAUCACAUAUGUACCUCUCCCGAGAGGUCCUCAGCGCUGGGAGUUGUUUGACAUCAUUGAAGAUCCGGGUGAGACCAGUGACUUAAGCGAGAAGCUACCCGACGUUUUCAACGAUAUGCUUAGACAUUGGGGUGUCUAUGCUGCGGAGGUUGGGGUUGUUGGCCUUGCUGGUGAAUGGAAGGGCCAACACCCCAUUGAAGGUGUCCGUGAUGAGUUCGAAGAUACCGGUCGCUGGAUCAGAUUCAUCGGAAAGAAGGACAUUCCGGCAGAGGUUAUUGAUAAAAUCCCACACUAG